AUGCCCAGAAAGGGUGCGAACGUGUCUGAGAUUCAGUACAAGGCUUUGUAUACGGUAGAGCAGCGCACAAGGGAGGCGGAGGAGGCCCGCGCGAAAAACAAGAAUCGUGUUCCUAUCAUCUGUGAGAACGCAGACGAUUCAGACAUUAGCGGGUUGCAAAUCACAAAAUACCUCCUUCAACCAGAUAUCACAAUAGGUCAAUUACUCCUGCAGCUGCGUAAACGCAUGAGGGUGAGUUCAGAAAAGGCUAUCUUUCUGUUCAUCAGUGGUUCGGUUCCUCCUUCCACAGCGCAAAUAUCUGAUCUGUACGUGCACCACAAGGACGAAGACGGAUUCUUGUACAUCAAAUAUACUUUGGAAGCGACACUUGGUUGA